GCAAGCAAGCAAGAGCGGAUCCAAUAAGCGGCAUGUCACAGCACCAGUAUUUUCCAUGUCUUUUUAUCCACGAUGUACUUUAGGAUUUUAGUAAGAUGCGUGUGUGUUUCCAGAUAACCAGUUUUCUCAUUGCUUUAAACUUUUACUGCCGGCCGCUGCGAGCUCAGGAUCCCUCCUGUUGCCACCAUGCUGCCGAAUUCUCGCCUUGCAAAGAAGCUUGUGACCAGCUGACCACUAUAAAGAGUGAGUCACGUUUGAAGCAUCUCCUCCAGAGGUUACCUGGUUACUGUCCAGAGUCUAUGAAUGAACUUUGGAUGUGCAUCAAUACUACACUUCCAGGAGUAUCCAAGAAGUCAGAUGGCUGGGUGGGGCUGGGUUGCUGUGAGCUGGCUAUCUCAACUGAGUGUCGCAGGGAAUGCAAACAGGCAUCAUCAAAAAAUGAUAUAACAAAAGUAUGCAAAAAAGUCACAGAGAACUCCCUCUACAGCUGCAUCACUAAAAAUGAAGUGGGCUCUACAUGCUGCAGCUAUGCAGGGCGUCACACCACCUGCAGAGAGUACUGCCAGGCCAUCUUCAGAACUGACUCAACGCCCACCAUGUCCCAGAUUAGCGCUGUCAAAGAUUACUGUCAGAGUCACAGCGCUCAGCUAAUCAGCUGUGUCAACAACUUCACAAAGUCCUACCCCAUACACAGCCCUGUUGACAGCCUGUACUGCUGUGACCGGGCAGCUACCCACUGCCAGAUGGCUUGCCGGCGAAUCCUUCGCACUAUGAGCACAGAGCAUGAGAUUAUGGAGGGUCUGAUCAAAGAAUGUGGCUCCCAGCCCCUCCCACAGGAGCCUAUGUGGCAAUGCUUCCUGGGCAGUGCCCACCCUCCUUCCAUACCUGAAGUGGAUACCUCACAUCCUGCCAAGAUGGACUGUGCCAAACUGCACUGCUGCUCCAAAGCAAACACCUCAGUCUGCAGGGACAUGUGUCAGGAGAUCAGCACUAACUGGGGCAGCCAGACAUGGCAAGACUUUGACCAGCUCUGUGAGUACAAUCCUGUGGAGACAGAGCUCAUCAACUGCCUGGCUGACGUCAGAGAGCCCUGCCAGCUUGGCUGCAAGGAUCUCACUUACUGCACCAACUUCAAUAACAGACCGACAGAGCUUUUCCGCAGCUGUAACAUUCAGUCAGACCAGGGCGCCAUGAAUGACAUCAAGCUGUGGUCUAAUGGGACAAUCAAGAUGCCAUUCAUGAACAUCCCUGUGCUGGACAUUAGGAAGUGCCUGCCCAAUAUGUGGAAGGCUGUGGCCUGUUCCCUGCAGAUUAAACCCUGCCACAGCAGGUCCAGAGGGAGUGUCAUAUGCAAGUCAGAUUGCGUGGAUAUCCUAACCCAGUGUGGCGAUAGGAAACGUUUUCACGAAGGACAAACACCAGAGAUAAUCUGUGAGCAGCUGUCGCCUAUUGAUGACCCUGAACACUGCAUCCCCCUCCAGAGAUACCUCACACCCAGCUCCCUAGGCAACAACAUUGUUGAGGAGGUCAUCCAUCCAUGCAACCCCAACCCCUGUCCAAGCAACCACAUAUGCCAGGUCAACAGGAAGGGGUGCCUUGAUGAACUCAACUGUCAGCCAUACCUCUGUGUGCCAGGCUGUAAAAUGGGUGAGGCCUCUGAGUUUUUGGUGCAACAGGACGCUCGUAUUCAAGUUCCCAUGCGCACUGGUCCUGCUGGGUGCUACGAGGUGUGCAGCUGUGGUCCCAGUGGGCACCUGGAGAACUGUGUGGAGAUGUCCUGCAUGGAUACCAGCAAGCCGUGCAUCAUAGCAGGACAGAGGAAGAGCCAUGGGACAUCUUUCAAGACUGACUGCCACAACUGUUACUGCUUUGCUGGUGACACCAUUUGCUCCAGAAGAGAAUGUCUCAGCUCCGUCAACACAGAUGGCAGUCAUCGCCACUUUACUGGUCUUCCCUGUAGCUGCCCGUACCGCUUCGUUCCAGUGUGUGCCUCUAAUGGGCGGACCUAUCCCAGUGCCUGUGUGGCACGGUGUAUGGGAUUCAAGGACAGUCAGUUUGUCUUCGGCCAGUGCCGCCUCAGUAAUCCCUGCACCAGCAAACCCUGCCAGAGAAACCAGAGGUGCAUCCCAAAGUUUCGUGUGUGUCUAAGUGACUUGUCAGAUUGUCCUCAAUAUGAGUGCGUGGGGCACCUGGCAACCUGCGAUAAGAACAGCAAGGAGUCAGCCUGCGACACUGACGGCCUGGUCCAUCACAGUCUGUGCCAUUUGCACCAGGCUGGGAAAACCCUGGCCUACAUGGGCCACUGCGAGGAUGCCUGCAAGAAGCCACAGCAAGUCUGUGGCCAUAAUGGGGAGACCUACAACACAGUGUGUGGUGCCUUUUCUGACCGUGUGGCUGUAGACUAUGAGGGCCCUUGCCAAGGUGUGGGGACUGUAUCUGACAUGGCCCCUGACUCAGCCUGCAGUUUGGUUCCUUGUCCAACACUGUCCACUCCAGUCUGCAAACCUGUCACCCCACCUGGAGCCUGCUGUCCUAUAUGUGCCAGUAUGCUGCAGAUCCUCUGGAACAAAGAGCAGAUGAACACAUUCUCACAGUUGAAUAAGAAGCAGCCAGUGACGGUCCAUGAUGUCCUUCAGAUCCUGCGGCCUCAUGUCUCAGUACCACAAUGUGAUGUUUUUGGCUACCUAAGUAUUGACCACCUACUGGUUGUCCUCAUCGCCCCAGUGGACCAGAAGCCAACACCUCUGCAGAUUGAAGCCUGCAGUAAGGAGGCUGAGAAGAUUGAUUCCCUCAUCAACUAUGCCAGCCCCACUCUGGUCUCCCACGUCCCUCUAUCUGCCUUCCUCACUUCUGAGAUCAAGACCUCCUCCAUCCACUCCUCAGGGGGCACACCACAUUCACAUCUGGCCCCCGUCCUGUGCUUCCUCCUGGGCCUCCUUGUUAUUGCGGCCCCUGUCCUCCAACAGCUCUAAGUGCCUAUUAUUCCUAGCUACCCUCUGUCUCACUGACUGUAAGUGUGCCAAAGUGAGUGUGUCUGGGAAGCCAUGGAAUAGGAAGAGACAGUGGUGAAGACAAUCAUUCCUAUUAACUGACCUGCGUUUCAAACAAUCAGGGUGGUGCAAAGCUUUUGUGUGAACAGUACUAUUCAAUAAUGAGCUGCUCACUGGAUUUCUCUCCAGUGGGCUGUGUGCAUGCGUGUGUGCGUGCAUGACCUUUAAAGAAGCAUAUGGCUUCGUAGCCAUCAGACCCAGGAACAAGGUCUUCUCUGAAAGCUGUUAAGAGGAGAUGUUACUUUCACGACUCAUUCUGUGCUCUGCUCAAGCUUUGUGUGUGUAUGCAUGUGCAUAUUUGAUUUACAGUUGGACAAAAUCUCCUUGUUUAGCAGCACAUCUGUCUGACAAAUUGGUUGAAAUUCCCUAUCUACACACACACACACACACAGAAGUGGCCCAAUUCUGGCCAAUUCAAGAUAAGAUGUCAAAAAGUUCAAAUUGUGAAGGAACCCAGGUUCACGCAGCAGUGAUCUGAGGUAAAGCCUUGGUCAGUUUCACUUAAUGAAAAGCUUUUCUCAAAAACAAACCUGGUGACACAAUACCUGAUGUGGUGCCUAUAAACUCUCAUUAAUAUAUUUAAAGUAAAUUCUGAUUUUUUUUUAAGGCAUAAAGGCUUAAAUGGAGCAGCUGUAUAAUUUAAGAAAAUGCUAAAUAGGAAGUACAUGAACUCUUUUGUUAGAAUAUAAUGUAAAUGGAUUUCCCUUUUCAUCUCACGUCACACAAUACUUCUGCUUUAUCUGAUUAUGUUUGCAAUUAAAUUUUUUAAUAAUAUAAACAGUCAGAAAAUGAAUUUCCUUUUGGAAAGAUCUACUUUCAUCCUUUUAGUCCCAGUGAUAGUUCAUUUUUUCAGUCAACUAAUUAAAUAAUUUAUUAUGUGUCAACUAUAUACAGAAUGGAAUUUAAAUCCUCUACAGUCAAGUUUUAUUUACACUGUUGCCAAGUUUUUAGCAUGCUGUCACUUGGUAGUAAGGAUCAUAAUUUAAACCUCAAGAUUCUGAGCUGGGCAUUUAAACACUGCUUCAAAAGCUAAUUGCAGCUGAUGAUCAUCAGAUUAUUAGUAGAUGAGUUCCAGUAUAUUAUCAGAAAAUCAAAUCUAGUACUCACUCUCUUGUUGUAUUAAAAAAAAUCAUAACUUUGAGUUUAACUGUGGUCACCUUGGAUUUUUGAGCCUCCGUGAAUGCAGCAUGACCUCUGUUCCCCAUUUAGUGUUAACAUAACUACACUGUAAUAAUAAUUUCUUUAUUACACUGCAUUUCUCUUGGUGCCUAAAACAUGCUAAAUUGUUAAUACAGUCCCCUCAUUUUAAAAAUAAAUAUUAGUUGAAUUAUAAUUUAAAGCAGGAUUAUACAGAUUAUCACUCCUUUUCUGUAAUACCAAUAGCUCUGAAAAUCAUUAAAGGGAAGUUUUCUGUCUGAACAUAUGAGAAGCAAGAAACAAAAGGACAAUCAGUUACUUUCUACCCACCUUUGGGUAGAUUUUCCACAGUAUGGCUUUCAUAUAGUGGCAUAUAUGAAGUAAUAAUAAAAAUGCAAUAACUUUAUAUUUGUUAAGAAAUGUGUUUGUGUUUGAUAUGUAUUUGAUAAUGAAUUGAUCACCAAUGUGCCAUUUUUUUAAACAAAUAGCUGUUAUUCUUUGUUGCAUGAUGACAAUUAUGAAAUGUAUUUACUCCAGAAUGUAAUAUAGUAUGUGCUUUCCCAUUCCUAUGUGUCUUAUCUGCCUGUAUAGCACAAUUUGUCCCCUUAUCUAACAGUAUUACUGUGUUAGGCAGCUCUGUAGCAGGGAACCUACCAUCCAUUAUUAUUAUUAUUAUUAUUAUUAUUGGUUAUUUUUAUGUUCUGUGAAACCUAGAUUUCUUACUCUUUUUUUGUAUCUUGUCAGUGUUUAAUUUCACUUUACAGUAAAGAAUGAAAAAGUUCA